GGUGGAGUCAUGUGAGAGUAAACCCAACUUGUCUUCAUAAACAUGACGAUUCGCUUUUUGAUUGUGUUCAUCCUGUUUUUCACCCCAGUUUUGUGCACAGACACAGAAAAUGGAGCGUGCCCACCUGCUCCAUCCCUGGAAUGCAAAAGCCAUGCAUGUGAAAUAUUGAAUUACCUGGGCAUAUGGGAGGACCGAUCCAUUUGCAAGGCGGCCAGUGUGGCAUUGCCCACUUCAGAAUCCCAACUCUUCCAUGCUGUUGCCCACGCUGUUCAAAACAAUCAGAAGAUCAGAGUGGUGAGCAGACAUGCUCACAGCCUCUCAAUGCUCGUCUGUGUGGAGAGCCAAGGACUCAUCAUUUCGACCCAAAAUUAUGACUCCAUCAUUGAAGUGAACAAAAAGGCCAUGACAAUCACUGUCCAAUCCGGAACGAUCAUGAGAGAUGUGAUUGAAGCAGCUGCAAAGCAUGGCCUCGCUCUUCCCACCAUGACUUACAUUAAUGGAGUUUCUGCAGCCGGAGUUAUUUCCACCGGAGCCCAUGGCAGUGGCCUCAAAGGGAAAGGUAGUGCAGUUUAUGAGUACGUGCUGGGAAUGAGAAUUAUAGUGCCUGCGUCUCCUUCCGAGGGCUAUGCAAAGAUCAUAUCUCUGACAGAAGCAGAUGAAGAUCUCAAGGCCGCAAAAUUGGGUCUUGGAACGCUGGGAGCGAUUUCAGAGAUCACAUUCGCUUUGGAGCCCAUGUUUAAAAGAUCGGUUUCCGUCUCAGUGAAAGAUGAUUACGAUCUGGAAAAUGAAGCUGAACGUUUUCUCAGAGCUCAUACAUAUGGUGAUAUAUAUUGGCUUCCUUCACACCGGAAGGCCCUUUUCUUCGCCAGCGAUCGCGUUUCUGUUGAUGUUGCAGGAGACGGCAUUAACUCAUUCCUUGGUACUCCCAGCAGAGUCGUUGACAUUGAAUCAAGUGCUUAUCAAUUCGAUGCAAUCCAGGCAAAAGCAGACGUGGAUGCAAUUUGCAACCUUGUGGGAAAUCGAACAAUUCAAUCUGCAGCGAAUGGGCUUGGGUUUUUGAAUGAUGGGAAACGCUUCACAGGUUACCCAGUGGUAGGUUUCAAUCAUCGCAUGCAGACAGGUGGUAAAUGUGAGCAAGUUUCUAAACAAAUUGAUAAGAGCUGUACUCCAACUCAAAUUUUGGAUAAGAAUGAGACCACAUGUACAUGGGACCGUCGCGUGCACUCCUCUUUGUUCUUUGAUGUGGAACUGAGAGUGCCUAUGUCUCGACUCCGAGAAGCCAUUGUGGAUAUGAAGAAAAUAAGAGAUUUGAAUCCCCAAAGGAUGUGUGACCAAAGUACAAUAGUUAUGAGGUCUAUUAAGAAGUCCCAGGCAUACCUUGGACCUUCUAGGGAUCAGGUCACAAUGGAGCUCACAACUCAUCGACCAAGGGAGGCUGGUAUGCCCAAAUGGAAUGAAGAUGUGUAUCAAGAGAUAGAGCAGAUGGUGAUUGAGAAGUAUGGAGGGGGUCUACAUUGGGGAAAGUCUGGAGGUCACUUAUUUGGAGGGUUGGCAAAACGGACGGUGAACUUGGAAGGAUUUUUGAAGGUGAAGGAGAGGUUUGAUCCGAAGGGAGUGUUUUCUAAUGAUUGGACAGAUGGUUUGCUUGGAAUUGGAGGGAAAGGUGUGGAGGAGUUGAGAGAUGGAUGUGCAUUGGACAAGAUGUGUAAAUGUAGAGAAGAUAGGCAUUGUGCUCCAAACAAAGGGUUUCUCUGCAAGCCAGGGAGAGUGUGGGAGUAUGCUCGUGUUUGUAGGAACACCAAGUUCAAUUGAGAAGGUGUUCUUUUAUGUCUGAAUAAGAGCUACAACAUCAUAACUAUAUUGUAGCCAUCAUGUUACUGAUUUCAUGAGUAACCAAUGUUGUAUUUGAAGUUAACAUCUAGAGCCAUUCAAAAUAAAGCUGUUCUACUUUCAUAGGUAAAAAAAUUC